CAGAAACAGAGACAUAUAAAGCUCAGGUAUCUCCUAGAUUUCUGCCAACAACACCUUUGCCAUGACAGGAUAUCUAUUUAUGCUGAUGAUGUUGAGUGUUAGUUGUGCGGAGACUCACCUGAGGGAGAAGAGGGCAUGGAUCAUCGACUCCUUCUCCAUUGUGGAGGAACAUCCUGGUCCGUAUCCAUAUGAACUGGGACAGAUUCACGUGGAGCGCAAGUACAGAGUGGCGUUUGAGCUUCACGGCAGUGGAGUGGACGAGGAGCCAAAGGGUCUUCUCUCCAUCAAUGAAGAGACCGGUAUUGUGAUGGUCCAUUACAAAAUUGACUACGAGCAGUAUAAAUUGCUGAAGCUGUCGUUUGUGGCGAGAAACACAUCAAAUCUGGCGACUGACACCAAACUCGGAGUCGAAAUUGUAGUGGUGGACAUAAACGACAAUGCACCUAUCUUUCAAAACACUCCCUAUGUGGCGUAUGUGAAAGAGUCAGCGACCCAAGGGUCUUAUGUGUUGACUGUGCUGGCACGGGAUGACGAUGAGGAUGGAACAGAAAAUGCAAGGUUUGACUAUAGGAUCACAGCAGUGACACCAAGCACGCCGAACGUGGAGUUUUUCAUCAGUGACCAUGGAGCAAUAUCGUUCAAAGGAUGCCUGAGUUAUGAAGAAGCACAGAAAUACCUGAUUACAAUUGAAGCAAAAGACCACGGGCAAAUCAGCCUGUCCAGCUCCACGACAGUUGUUGUGCAUGUUCAGGAUUCCAACAACCACCUGCCAGUAUUCAGCGGGCACUCUGGAACAGGCCAGGUGAAAGAAAGAGAAACAGGACUGUCUCCUAUCCGGAUCCAUGUCACUGACAAAGACUCCCAAGGUACUGCAGCAUGGAGAGUAAGAUACACCUUGCAUGGAAAAAUGAGUACGCUUUUCCACGUCGCCACAGACCCAGCCACCAACGAUGGCAUCCUGACAUUAAUUCAGCCCUUGGACUUUGAAGAUGGUGCAGAGAGGAUAAUUUCUGUCUCUGUAGAGAAUGAGGAAGCCUACUUCUCUUGCAAGGUCAAAGAGAAGACAAAGCAAGGACUUUGGACUGUAGUUACAACUAAAGAUGUGGAGACAAUGACAAGCACUAUCCAACAACAAUUCACCGUUACAGUGGAAGACGCCAAUGACCCGCCCGUGUUCAUAGUGUCGGUUAAGGACGCUGUGGUCACUGAAAAUGAAAGCCCUGGAAGAGUGAUCGAACAGUUUAGCGCAGUUGAUAAUGACGUCACCUUCACAAAUACUUUUGUGUACAAGAUAGGAGACGACCCAGCAGACUGGGUGAGAAUAGACCCACAAACUGGACAAAUUUUCUUGACUCAUACACCAGACAGAGAGUCUCAUCAUGUCGUUGACAAUGUCUACAAAGUCAUCGUCUUGGCAGUUGACAAUGGAAAUCCAUCCAUGACGGGUACAGCCACGCUUAGCGUCCAUGUGCAGGACCAGAAUGAUAAUUUGCCAACGCUGAAUGCUACCACCCUAGGCAUCUGUGCUACUGAUAGCACAACCGAAGCUGUGAUCUGGGCCCAUGACCUGGAUGGAGAUCCCUAUGGGGGGCCCUUCCUGUUUCAGCUACAGAACGACCACCAGGGAUGGAGCCUUGAGCCUGACUAUGGUAUGUCUGCGACUUUGAAAAAGGAGAGCAUGGUGUUCGCUGGGUAUUACACGCUCAUGCUGAAGAUCUCAGACAAGCAGGGCCAGUUCUCCAUGCAGAACAUCUCCAUCACAGUGUGUGACUGCUCCACGUCCACUAACUGCCUGCUGAGCAGAAAGGGGAGCUCCAUAACCGGAAAUGGGGCGAUUGGCACCGUAUUUCUGGCCUUGUUUCUACUCCUUGGUGCGCUCCUGCUGAUGGCUUUUGUAUCAUGUGGGGGAGAGAAAACAAUGAUUGACAUUGACGGUGGUGCAAGUGGUGACUCUUGGUUGCUAAAAUCCAACACUGAAAUGCCAGGAACUGAUUGCAUGGUCCCAACUGAAUCAACGUUAACUCAAAAAGUCAACAAUUCUCACGUAAAAACAAACAAUAUUAGUCAGAAAGUGAUCAAUACUGAGCACCAACUGGUCAACACUGAUGGUUUCACUCAGCAUUUCAAUAACAACCAACAGAUGUCAUACAAAUACAAGAGCUACUACGACAUCUAUGCUGACUCACAAAAAUAUAUGUAUGAGAAGCAUCAGGCAGAUUUCAAGAGUAUGGCGGCACUAACACAAGAGCAGCACUACAACUAUAACCAGCACAUCCAGGCCUCUCAUCAAAACAGUAGCUUUUAUCAACAACAAAAUAACCAUUACAAGGAAACAAUGACAACACAGCGACGAGAUGUGGGACAUGAUGAAUUUACCAUUGGGGACCAUCUUGAUGUGGAAACUUUACUCGAAGCGAGAUUGUCCUCCAUCAAGGCGCUAGAAGAGGAGCUGUGUGAUUACGAGCCACAUGAGUACGACGAUGAAGGCUCUGAGACACUGUGUGAGGAUCUGGAGCCCAUUCACAUGGAGGACCCUGCAUUUGAUCCCGAUGAGCUGCUUGACUUGGGCCCUGGCUUUUUCCCUCUGGCAUCAAUAAGCAACCCCGAACUCGAUACCCAUGUGUUUGCGGGCAUGUUUUAAUUUAAAGCGCCAAUUUUUGAUGGUGCUGUUGUACAGUAGCCUUUUUGUGCAGAUGGGACUGCCGGCAGGCCUGCACCUUUGUUGAAAACCCUGAACUACAGCAUAACAACAUUGCUAUGACAUUGCCAACAAUCUUAACUAACAGAUUAAGACAUGGUUACACCAUUUUGGUGACUAAGGCUAUUAUAACAUGGGCUCUGCUGCGCAAAGGGUUAAGGGCCUGUUGCUUCAUCAUGGGAUCCAGAGGGAUUCUCUUGUUAAACCCUUCUGUUUAGGUCACCGUGUAAAAAGACAGAUUAAAAAAAUGAAGGCAAAACCGCCAUGGUCAUGGGACAAAAAACUGGAACUGACUUGAAAAUAACCUCAGAGUGCCGCAGGGAAUGUCUUCCUCAAAUCCUUCAAAACGGCACAUGUUGUUGUUGUGGAUUAUCAAGUGCUAGGGUUGCUAACCCGUUUUAUACAGUAGCCUACUUCAAGUCCAUAGGUAUCCCGGAUACAAGUGAAGAAUCUUUUUUUCAUAGGGUGUUGGUGUCUGAGAAGCAACUACCAAUUGUGUGAUGUGGGCAUUGGUUUUGGUAUGGGAAACUGUUGUAUCUAAUUAAAUUCUGACGAAAGAUUUGAAUUCAAUGUUAUAUCUUUAUUUGCAAGGUAUGAGCAAC